GCUGGGCUGAGCUGGUUGGGCCCGUGCUGGAGAAAAUAUGCAUGCGCCUAUGUCGUAGCAAUGCGCAAGCGUAGAUGCCUGCUUGUGGUCGUUAGAGCUCGAAACUUUGUGUUAUGAAGUAGGAUGUUUGUGUUUGAAUAGUGAAGAAUGAAAAUGUGAUGAUAGAGUAUUAGAAGACGGCGUUGGCGUUAAUUAAUUAGUUUUUUUAUUCGGGAGAGUCCAGCAAGUAAUGUUUAUCAGCAUUGAAUUAAAAUGAUGCAAAAGUACUUUAUUGAAGGACAGGUGUACACUGUUCCAAUCAUCCAGCCAGACUUGCGACGUGAAGAAGCUAUUCAUCAGAUCAGUGAUGCCCUUCUGUAUCUCCAGAAAAUCUCCAAUGAUGUUUUCACUAGGGUUUCCCAAAAUGUAGCCAGCAACCAAACUCGUUUGCAGUCCAUCAAUAACCGGAUCAACUUGGCACAGGCUAAAAUCAAGAAAAUCAAAGGCAGCAAGAAAGCUACUAAAGUUUUUUCCAGUGCAAAAUACCCUGCACCUGACAAACUUCAGGAUUAUGUUUCCAUUUUCACUGGGGUAGAUGAUUCUGCUUUACAGAAACGCCCUCGCUACAAGAUUCACAGCAAACUGAAACCACUGGAUGAAAAGACAGUGCAGGAAAAGGCAAAGCAUUAUCCUGUGUGUCUGAACACUAAGUCACGGGAGGAGAAUGAGACAGAAGAAGGAUUGGGAAGCCUUCCUCGAAAUAUCACCUCUAUCAGUUCUCUGCUACUUUUCAACACCACUGAAAACCCCUAUAAGAAGUAUGUUCUAUUGGAUCCAUUAGCCGGAGCUGUGACAAAAACUCACACUGCACUGGAGACUGAAAAAGAUGAGAAACCAUUUGAUGCACCACUGUCUAUUACCAAGAGGGAGCAACUGGAAAGACAGACAAUUGAAAAUUAUUUCUAUGUGCCUGACCUGGGCCAGGUGCCAGAGAUUGAUGUCCCUUCCUACUUGCCAGAUCUACCUGGCAUCGCUGAUGACCUCAUGUAUAGUGCGGAUCUGGGUCCGGGUAUUGCCCCCUCUGCACCAGGAAGUAAUAUGCCUGAACUGCCCAGUUUCAAUACAGAACCUGUUUAUGCAAAUGGCUCAGAUCAACAGAAUACGACUCUACCACUUCCACCUGUAGGACUCGGUGCUCCAGAACUGCUGACAUCAGUCAGUGCUCCUCCUCCACCCCCACCCCCACCCCCCCCACCACCGCCACCUCCACCUCAGUCAUCUCUGCAAACUGAUGUUGCUAAUAGUCAACCACCAGAAGGUGGCUGUAUUCAUGGAGCACCACAAGAGGUUGUGAAACCGUCAAAUGGUAGAGCCAGUCUGCUGGAAUCAAUCCGCCAGGCUGGAGGAAUCGGGAAAGCCAAACUGCGGAAUGCAAAGACCAUUAAAAUGGAAAAGAAAAAACAGAAAGAACAAGAACAAGGUGUAACAAUGAAAGGAGGUGGGGAUCUGAUGUCUGAUCUCUUCAACAAGCUCGCAAUGAGGAGAAAAGGUACAAAACUCAAUUUACAGGUAUUUCUGGUAAAGGUCCUCAAGGUGAAGGAGGAGCAGGUGAUGUUACUGUACCAGGUGGUGCUUUUGCCAGAAUGUCUGAUGCCAUUCCACCCCUCCCACCUCCACAACAGCAAACUACUGAAGAUGAGGAUGAGUGGGAUGCAUGAGAUUUGCUGCCUGAUUGUUGAAGAUGUCUGUAUUAAGUAUCUGCUCCCUGUGAAACAUUGAAAUUUUCAUUCAGUUAAGUUUAUCUGUCAAUUCAGUUCAAGGUCAGAAAUGUUGAGACAGAAAAGGUAGAAGUUUGCUCAUAAUGAAUUCCUUUUACCUAGUUUGUCUAUGAAAUGGAAUAGUGCAGUCUAGUCCAUGUGAACACAAUUACCAGGUCUUUUCAAUGUCCUGGCAAUCUAUUUUAGCUACACAAAUUAAUACAUUGCUCACCAAAGAUGUCAACAAUUUAAGCAGAAUUUCCAUCAUAACAUUAUUUCAUAUUCUUUAAAUAACAUGUUUCCAAUGAAUCAGAGGCUAAUUAGGCAAGUGUAACAGUGUUGUAAACUGAACAGCAAUACAAAAUCCCCUUAAUGAAAGCAUUGCUAGUGGAUAUUUGAUGCAACUGUGUUCUAAUAUUUAAUACUUUUAAACUGGGCUAUUAAAGGAUUGAAAUUUAAA